AAACUCUUUGGAAAGCAGCACAAGCCUCAACAUGAGCUUUCAUCUGUUGGCUUGAUUAUAAACACAGACAAGGCAGUGUGGUAUUCAUGGAAUUGGCAUUUAAUCUUUUCUAGUAAUAACUUGAUUUGUCUGGGUUGAACUUAACUUUUAAAAGCGACCUCCUGUUUUCUUUCCAGAUUGAACACAAUCCCCCCCAAUGGCGUUCUCCACAGCCACGCUUGCUAAAGGCUGCUUUGGCAAAGUGUACAAGGAGAAAUACAAUGACACCUGGGCUGCAGUGAAAAAAGUGCCACAACAUCUCAUCAGUAGGAAAGACCUGGAGAGAGAAUGUGAAGUGUACAAGAAAGCAGAACAUCCCAACAUCGUGAAGCUUCUGGGGAAAGUAACUCUAUCAGAUGGAAAAUGGAUUAUUCCUUUAGAGUUUAUCUUUGGAGAAGAUUUGGAGACAACAAUUUUCCAUACAGCAAAGUCUAAGAUACAGUUGACUCCAUCAAAUAAAGCUAAAAUCAUCAUUGGCAUGUGUGAAGGACUGCUUUGUCUUCAUUGCAAAGAUAUUGUUCAUCAAGACCUAAAGCCUGAUAACAUCAUGGUGGAACAUGACACAAACAGAGCUGUAAUCAUUGACCUGGGACUUGCUAAGUUUUUCAGACAUGGACUAAACUCUGCACAAGACAUGGGGAACGAGGCUUACUCAGCCCCCGAGGUUCUGAAGAUAGGCACCCAAAGGAGCCCUAGCUCUGAUGUGUGGGCCAUGGGGAAGAUCAUCGCUGAGCUCUGUGCUCGGGUCCGGCUACCAACACCGAGCGUCUGUCCGACCAAGAUCAAGGAGACGCUGAAGGACCAGCCCUACUGUAAAGCAGUGUGUAGGAUGGUGGAGCCAGACCCCUCGCUGAGGGCCUCCAUGGCUGGGGUUAUGACUGAAAUUCGACGAGCUGGAGGAGCAGGAGUCGUCGCAAAUACGCCCAUUCAAAGGGAACUCCUUAAGCCUGUUUCACCUAACAUUACUGGCAGAAGCCGGUCCCCGUCACCAAUAAACACAGGUGCAUAUCUAAGAGAACGCCUUAAGCCCAUUUCGCCUGACAUCACUGGCAGAAACCGGUCCCCGUCACCAAUAAACAUAGGUGCACAUCUGCCUAUUAGGGCUCAAUUAGCAGGAAACAAAGAUCCAUCGCCAUUUAACGGAAACAAAUCUCCGUUGCUGCAACAUCCCAGACCAGAAAUCAAAAAUUUGAGUCCCCCGCAUGGAGUGCGUGCACCUGCUCCUGCCAACAUCACAGAGGACAAAAAUCAGGCACUCGUCCCUAAAACAGAUAUCAGCAGCGAAUUCAUGAAAAUGAAGUUGCACCAACAAGCUGCUAAGGAUCUUCCCUUUAACCUGCCAGCCACGGGGAGGGUGAUGGUCCGACGUUUCGAGGAGAAAAAUGGGGAGAUGGGUAGGUGGGAGCAGACAGAGGUGGUGACUCGUGAUGGAAAGAUUGUCAAGUAUGAAGAUGUGAAGCUUGAUACUAAAUAAGAUCUGGCUGACGUCCGCAGUUGGUUUAAUUCUAAUGUUUUACAGUUGCAGUGUUUACAUUUGCUUUAAAUGGGCAACAUCCUUGUGUUCAGUCAUGGUGUGGCUUUGCUGAGGAUUUGAACUUGUAGAGGUCAGAGAAACAGCAGAGAAAUAAAAGGAUAACAUCAGCUGACAAUGAUCACUUCCAGAUURCUAAGCUGUUUUAUAAGAUCUUUGUUUAAAAUGUGUCAUUAACUAUUUGGAGUCAACACUGUCUGUAACUGGACUGUUUUUAAGCUUUCAGAAAGUGAUUAGUGGAUGCUUACAUCCAGGGCCGGCCCUAGACAUUUGGGGGCCCUAAGCAAGAUCUGUUUUGAGGGCCAUAUUUCACCAUAAGUAGACCGUAAAACAUACGCAAAACUAAAUACUGAUUAUGAACCCGUACAGAAACUUUGGCCUCUAAGAACACAGUGUAUAGUUUACUGAAUGAUCUCAGGGAUGCUCAGAGUUGAAACUUUUUGAGAAUUAAAUUUGCUUUGAUUACAAGAUUCCAAACUUAAAGUUUAAACAAAUGUAUGAUGCCAAUUCAACAGAAUAAAAAAAGAUUUUAGUAUGUUGAAACAUUUAUUCUCUAAAUUUUAACUUUAACAAGCCAAGUACAUAAAUAAAACAUUGAAUACACAUUCAAAUCUUAACAUGUUAGAGUAUUUACAAAAAGUAAGGCUUAAUAAAUUUAGAGAAAAUGCAUUAAAUUGAAAAAUCAUAAUAAAAAAAUAUGGGAAUAUAUUGUUUAAAGCAACGUCUGAAAGUCUUGAACACCAGAAUUAAAAUCUUAAUUGCA